AUGGGAGCACUCGCCUCACUGGCCGACCGAGCUGAGUCGGAUUCGGCGACUGAAGGAGGCACAGACGACUUUCGUGAGCUUGGGAUGGAUGGCUGCUUGGAGGAUGUCCUAGAAGAGAGAGGCACAUCCACAUCAGCAAUGUCCAUUUCACUUUCAACCACGGGAGGCGUCACAGAACUCACGCUCCUCGAAGAAGGUUUAUCAAUCGGGGUAUCGACUACAGGGGCACCCCAGGGAACAUGUUCAUCGGUCUCUAUUGGCGGGGAUGUAGUUCCAGAAUGUACAGAUUCAUCAUGUUGUGAUCCACCAGUAAUGGAGGUACGCAAAGACCCAGCAGCAUACUGUAAGGAAGGAGCUCGCGACACAGAGACGGCGGAGAGUGAAAUCUUCGUUGGUAACUCCGAACCACUUUCGGAUGCCGCCUUGACUGAAACACGUGAACAUUUGGGGGAAAGAAGAGGGGCUUCGUCAGGUUUUAUCACUGAGAAUGGAUCACGCAUUGACCUGGGCAUCAUGAUCUCUUCUAUUAUACCAGAUUCCCUUGACCGAAUCCAUAAGGAAGGCGGCUUUAUCAGGGGAGCGGAUUCAAGGGUAUCCCGCAGCGUCCCAGCGCCCUCAAUAGCAGCACGCCCAGAGCGCACACUUCCGGCAUCUGACGCCUCUAUAAGCUCAGCCGCAAUGCUUUUCGGCGCCGGUAUAUCUACGGGACGUAUCAAAUCAUCAUACACCGGUGAUACGUCGCCGGACGCCAGAUGCUCGCCAUCACUGUCCUCAAUGAGGUCGUCACGAUCCUCAGCCAAUGAGCACAACAUAGUCAUCUUUCUGCCGAACUCAGCAUCUCCUUGGCCAAUCGCCUUUGAAGAUAUCAUCCUCGAGAUCUCGAUGUUCGACGGCAUCUCCUCAUCCUGUCCCUGUUCUUGUUCAGUGCUCUCUACAGCUAGAGCUGCGGCCUUCGAAGCCAUGACAAAGGCCGGCAUAUCCAACGACAUACUCGGGACCUUUUCUGACGAAAGAUCACGCUUAUGUAAUUUUUUAAAUAGCCGCGAUAGUUGCCGCCCUUCGCCCACAGCGUCACGUAAAGGUCCCAGGGUGGACCCGGCAGCAUCUUCCGAUUUUUCAGAGCCAAUGACUCUGACUUUAUGA